AUGGACUCGCCCGUCGACGACCAUGCCUUCCCCGGCGACGCCCCGAAGCCGCGCCAGCUCCCCGCAGACCUCCCCACCUCGCUCGAUGACCGGCGGACCGUGCAUGUCAUGAACGACGAGACGGAGAUGUACGAUGCAUGGCAGGGGCAGUCGCAGUUCCUCACCACGCCCCUGCCUGCCCGCCCGCUGAGCUUCAACCUCUCCCUCGAGGACCCGGCCUUUGGCGACGAAGACAUGCAGCAGCUCGAGGACAGCGACAGUCGCCUGGUGCAGAUGCUCGCACACCAGGCCCGCCUGAAGAACGACAACCUAGGUGACGAAGCCAAGGUCGUCGCCGACGACAGGCUCUCGCCCGACGAGAAGCGCGAGGCACUGCAGGGCCUGUUCACACUGGCAGCUUCCAACGGUGAGCUCGAGCGAGUCAAGCGCUUGUUGGACGGAAGGGCCCGGGAGUACAUCGACAUCAACGGCGUCGACGCCGAGGGCACACCUCCCUUGGUCUACGCGAGCUGUUUUGGGCAUGAGGACGUGGCAGCAGCGUUGAUCGCAGAAGGCGCAGAAGUCGACAGCCAAGACAAGAACCGCUGGACGCCCCUCAUGUGGGCCAUGACCAACCGCCACAAGGACAUUGUCAAGCUUCUACUGGACCACGGAGCCUCAACCGACGUCAAGUCAUCCGCAGGACGAACAGCCUUCGAUUUUGUCGAGCCCAACAGCGAGAUAUCCGACUACCUACACGAGAGCGGAUACGCCAUCGGCAAUGCAGGCGUGGGGGACGACUUCUACAGCUCUGGCUUCUCACAAGACCGCUUCGAACAGGAGAUGCAGGAGAACGAGUUGAAACGUCGGAUGAUGAUGGAGAGCGCGUUCAACCUAGAGGUUGACAUUGGCAAUCUUGGUCUUGACGAACAGCCCGAGUCCCCCGAAGAGGCAGAAGAAGCCCAGCAGUUUGUGUGGGACAAGUGUCUCAACGACCAAAUGUUCGUCUUCCAGGAAAGCGAGCUCGAACACAUACUCGAUAUCAUCAUAACAAACAUGACGCCCCAGCGCUCCCCUUCGCAAAAGCCUGUCCCUGCAAACAUCCUGUUCCUCAGCGCGCGUUAUGCACACUACCAUGCUAGUGCAGAUCUAUUAGAAACACUACUCGUCACCGCCAUGAAGAAAAUUAACGACAUUGUAGAGAAGCAUCAAUGGGACAUGACAGUAUUGGCUUUCUGGAUGUCAAACGCUACCCUACUUCUACACUACCUCAAGAAAGACAUCAAGCUCAUGGGAGCGACGACUGAGUUCCAGCUCCAGAUGGCAGAACUCAUCAAUGAAAUCUUCAUCCUCAUAAUUCGAGACGCAGAACGCAGAAUGGACAAGAACCUGGACCUGGCCAUGCUUGAUCACGAGCCCAUGCCUGGGUUUGAAGAUAUACAGUUUCAGCACGAAUGGAAAAUCUUCCGUUCAAAGCCAAAGGCGAAACCUCCAGAACCACUCGAGAAGCGAUUCCGUCCUCCAUCACCGAAGCGCAGAGCACAGCCGUCUCCCCGAAACCUCACCUCUCUCCUUUCAUCGACGCUUUUCGUCCUUGAUCUGUACGAUGUUCAUUCUGUCAUCACCGCUCAAGUGCUGUCACAGUUGAUCUACUGGCUCUCUGCAGAGAUAUUCAAUCGCAUCAUGUCAAAUCGAAAGUACUUGGCUCGCACAAAGGCCAUGCAGAUACGGAUGAACGUUUCGACUCUUGAGGACUGGGCACGAUCCAACAAUCGCCAACCGGAGCAUUUUGAGAACGGCUCCAUGACCUCCACCGGCGAGAACACCGUGGAAUCCACAAAGCGCCAUGUUGAACCGCUCAUACAACUGCUACAAUGGCUUCAGUGUUUCUCCUCGAUUGGUGAAGAUUUGGAGUCACUCGUCGGCACGAUCCAGCAGCUGACGCGCCUCUCUCCUCCACAGCUUCUGCAUGCUGCGAAGUACUACAGGCCUGAAGUAGGAGAGAAGGGGCUUCCAAAAAGCGCCUCAAAGUACAUUGUACAUCUACAGAAAGCUGCCGCAGAUCGAAAGGCGGCGCGGGGGAGAUCGCCUAAUCCUCAGCGAAAGUCUCUUGAGCCACCGACGACACCCGGCAAGCUCACGUCUCUAAACCCAGUUUCACCUGCACCUCCACAGCUAUCCGAGGACGAGGAUCAGGACGAUCCGCCAGAUGAGCUUCUUCUCGAUCCCUCGUAUAUGCUGCCGUUCUCGCUUCCCACUUCAACUGAUAUGCUCAUCAGCUACGGUGCUGGGUUUGGCGGUGUGGACAAGGAGCGAGAACGAAAAUACAUCCCGACCGUUCCUCCCGAAUUCAUGGCCAAAUUGGAUCUUAGCGGCGGCAAUAAAAACGGUGGAAACUAUUACGAGGACACGCAGUGGAACGACCCAAGCUACGGGUGA